AUGCUCUCUUACGUACUGCUUACCACGCUGGGCCUUGUGAUCUGGUACCUGGUGAAUACAUACCGCGCAUUCAAGGUGAAUCUUGCCGCCGCCAAGGAGAGUGGGCUCCCCUACAUUUGCAUGCCAGUAUUCACAUUCAAUCCCGUCUGGCUGGUUACACACACAUUAUUGCUACCAUUGCUGCGAUUGUUGCCCUCGGCCUGGACCGAGUCGUGGAUCGAUUAUUCGGGUCCAGAUUUCGCAUGGAAGAAGCAGCGCAGUCCAUUCAAGGAGCUGGGCUGUGACAUUUUCAUCCUCGUGGCGCCGGGAAAGAACGCGGUCUAUGUUGCGGAUCCAAGAGCCAUCAGUCAAAUUACAACGCGACGCAAUGACUUUCCAAAGCCUACUUGGCAAUACACCUCGGUCGACCUCUUCGGAAGGAGUGUUGUGUCGACUGAAGGAGCCAUCUGGCGGACGCACCGCAAGAUCACGAGUCCUCCGUUCACCGAGAAGAACAACGUGCUAGUAUGGGAGGAGACACUGGGCCAGGCGGAGAGCAUGAUGACCGAAUUGGUGGGUAAUGCAGAUCGCAGCAAAACCAUAUGGACUGCCAGCUCGGAGGCGAUGCGACUUUCACUCCAUGUCAUCAGCCGGGCUGGUUUCGGCGUGAGCUUGCAUUGGCCACAUGAAGGUGCCGAUGAUACCAUCCCGGAAGGACAUACCCUGACUUACAAAGGUGCACUGGAGACUCUCUUACACCAGAUCUUGACCAUCAUUCUGACGCCACGCUGGUUUUUGAAGCGCUCGCCUUUCAACAUCCACAAAGUAGCAUGUGAAGGCUUGACGGAGUGGGGCAAGUACAUGCAAGAGAUGUAUGAUCAGAAAAAGUCGGAGAUCAAGUAUGGGGAGAAUGGAGAAGGCAUGGACUUGCUAGGUGCGCUUGUCAAAGGUGCUGGCAUUUCAAAGUUGGAGGGGCAGGAUGGCGAGAAAGGAUCCAAGCAACUUCUCACCGAUGAAGAGAUUCUCGGCAAUGCAUUCAUCUUUAUUUUGGCUGGACAUGAAACCGCCGCGAAUACCAUCCACUUCUCCAUUAUGCUUCUGGCAAUGCGCAUGUCUUCGCAGAGAAACCUCCAAAAGGACUUGGACUCCAUCUUCGGGGACAGACCUGUGUCGGAGUGGGACUAUGAUGAGGACCUACCAAAGUUGUUUGGAAGCAUGUGUGGAGCCGUUAUGAACGAACAGCUACGGCUGAUCCCGCCAGUCAAUGGCAUCCCCAAAUGUACAAUGGAUGCGCCGCAGACAUUGCAAGUGGGAGACAAGCGUUAUGUCAUACCCGCCAACUCGUUGGUCACCUUGAACUCGGUGGCGACUCAUAGGAAUCCCGCGUUUUGGCCACACACAUCGGAAGAAGACCUCGCAGAGUUCCGACCUGAGCGUUGGUUGGAAACCGGACCUCAACAUGCGGAGGAAGAUGUGCCCGACCAUGUCGAAGAGGGCAUGGAAUUUGAGGAGAAGCGACCCGACGCCGCCGCCUCUCUAUUCAGACCGGCAAAAGGAGCCUACAUUCCCUUCAGCGAAGGUUAUCGUUCUUGCUUGGGAAGACGCUUUGCUCAAGUCGAGAUUUUGGCUGUUCUGGCCGUCAUCUUCCGAACUUGGACCGUCGAGCUGGACGUCAGCAUGUUUCUGUCCGACGAGGACUUUGCCAAAGCUACAGAUGUUGAGAAGCGUGAGGCCUGGGACAAGGCCAAUUCUCGCGCGAAAGAUUUGCUUGCGAAUGGGAUGAGUACCAUCAUCACKAUACAGAUGCGUACUGGCAAAAUUCCGUUCAAGUUUGUGAAGCGCGGACAGGAGAAUUUCAAGUUUUGA